ACUUUUAUUAUUAUAGUUGAGGGGGUAUUUUUGACAUUUUAAGAAAAAAAAUUUUCUUGUAAAAGAAAAACAUAGCACUAUAGUCAUGGACAUCCGCGUAUCCGUGCAAUUUCUAGGGUUUUUGGUGAUCCGAAUUCUCUCUGUGUUCUGCCUGCCCCUAUUAGGAAAUCAUGCCUCGCCGAAGCUCUGGAAGAUCUACUCCUCGUCCUGCCCCUCGUGCCGCCCCUCGUCCUGCUCCAGCCCCAGUACACCAGGCUCCUCCACCAGCUCCCAUGCAAAGUAGUGGUGGUGGAUCCAUGCUUGGUGGUAUUGGUUCUACCAUAGCUCAAGGGAUGGCCUUUGGCACUGGAAGUGCUGUGGCACACAGGGCUGUAGAUGCUGUCAUGGGUCCACGCACCAUUCAACAUGAAACUAUCGUUGCUGAGGCAGUUGCAGCUCCUGUACCCACUACAAGCGGUGCAGGUUAUGAUGCUUGCAGUGUCCACACUAAAGCAUUCCAAGAUUGCAUUAAUAGCUCCGGAAGUGACAUUGGCAAGUGCCAGUUCUACAUGGACAUGGUGUCCGAGUGCAGGAGGAACUCAAUGAUGAAUGCCUAAGCUUGUUGUGGUUGUGUCAUUUUAAAAACUUUGAAAUCAUUUUUUUAAUUUGAUUGUUGAAACAAAGAUGAAAUUAUGAUCAAGAACUAGCUGGCACUGCUUUGGCAAGUUAAUUUGGUUCUUGAUAUACCUUGCCUCCAAUAAUUAAAGGCUUGUAGCCUGAAGUAUUGGACUUCUAUUGCAAGUCCAUGAUACUGAUUUCUGUUUGCUUUUAUGCUAUGAUUUGCUACCUUUGGCUUCA